AUGGGCCACAUCGUCGUGACCGGCGGCUCCGGCAAAGCAGGCCAAUUCAUCAUCAAGGAGCUCCUCAACGCCGGACACACAAUCCUGAACCUGGACCUAAUGGCAUUGGAACACCCAGACGUCCACACCCUGAAAACCGACCUUGCCGACAGCGGCCAAGUAUUCAAUGCCCUAUCCGGCCAAUGGACACUCCGCGAGCCCUUCCCGGAAGGCCUCCCGCCACGCCCAGACGCCGUAAUCCACCUCGCAGGCUACGCGCGCAACAUGCUCGUACCAGACAACGAGACCUUCCGCUCGAACACGCAGGGCACUUACAACAUCGUCGAGGCGGGGUGCAAGCUAGGGAUCCGGAAGAUCAUCAUCGCUAGCAGCGUAACAGUGUACGGGGUAUCUUUCGCGCAGGGCGAUACCAACUUCCCCUCAUUCCCGAUCCACGAAGACCUGGACGUCAACCCGACGGAUACGUACGCGAUCGCGAAGCUGUGCGGUGAGCGCAUUGCGCGGGGUUUUGCGGCGCGCUUCGGGGUGGAUAUCUACAUCCUGCGCAUUGGGCGUGUCAUCGAGCCCGAGGAGUACAAUCAAGAUAUCUUCUACAGCUAUGUGCAUGAGCCGACCAUGUGGAAGGUGCAUGGAUGGUCGUACAUUGAUGCGCGGGAUCUGGGAGGGAUGUGUGAGGCGGCAUUGCGGACUGAUGGGCUUGGGUUUCAGGUCUUCAAUGCUACUAAUGAUCAUAUUACCAAUCUUAGUCCGACAAAGGACUUUUUGAAGUCGCAGUUCCCGGAUAUACCUAUCACGCGCGAGAUGGAGGAGUUUGAGGCGCCGUUUUCUAAUGCGAAGAUCAAGAAGCUUCUUAGAUUUCAGGAGAAGCAUCCUUGGCGUAAGUAUUUUAGUAAUUGGGAGAAGAAGCAGAUUGAGAUAGAGACGGAGAGGGUUAAUGGUUAG